AUGCAGAUCCGCGCUUCCUUCAAAAAGUGGCUUUACCAAGCCCGGUGGGCCUCCGAAGUUGAGCGAGUCAAGGAGGAAUGCACUAAACUUAUACCAGACAUACACGGUUUUCUGAACGGGGCUAUUAAUCCUCGUCUCCAGCUCCUUGAAGAGGGAGCAGCAGCAGAGGCUCGUAGAACAGAUCUAUUAGCCGACAAAAAUAAGGAAAUAUGGGCGCACCUGCAGUCAACAAUAGUAGGCCAGUUGCUUCACGUUAAAACCGCUAGACUAUCCUGUUUGGCAGUGGACCGCGCCACUGCACUUGAGCACAAGGCCAAAAAGGACACGGAAGCGCUGGAGAAGAUGGCUACAGAGCUUGAUAUGCACUCAAAUUUUCGACGAAAUGCUGAGGAGCGCGUACAAAACGCAGAAGGCACGGUUACCCAACUCUCCGAGCAACUAGCCCUUGUGGCAAGAGACGAUGAUGUUAAGAAUAUGAUGAAAGACAUACUGCUCAUAUGGACAGCUGUCAAACAGCUCGAUUCAGCAAAAGCUGACAGGAAAGAGGUCGAAAACCUGGGACUCGAAGAUACUGCUUUGGAGCAGCGGAUUUCAGACUUGUACUCAGACAUCAAGGAAAGCAAGAACAAACACGAAGAACUCGAGUUUAUGUUUGGACUCGUUGUCAGGCUACUUGAAGACAUUGCAAACAUCCAAUUCGCAAAAAUACAGACCCGCCCAGUCGCAAGUGGGAAAGCGGGGAAUGGGAGAAUCGAAACGCGACCAACUCUACGAGCAAGCCUAUGUCGAGCGCAAGAUAUUAGCAGCAGUGCCUCAAAGAUAAGCAUUGCUGCAUUACCUUUGGCAGAAGCAGGAGAUAAGACGGAGCGUGGGGGCGAUACUCAGUGUGCAACGGAGCCUCGAUUUAGGCCCGCCUACCAACCAGCUUCUGAAUGCAAAACACAAGCACAAUCGCAGGCGGCCCCUGACUGCAGGACCAAACAGGCAAUCCGGACCCCGACAGUGGCGGCAUUUGCCGAAUGGGUUAGUAAUAUUCAAAAGACGUUGAAGCAAGAAUGCAGCGCAUAUGAUAAUGGCGCCCACCUACUUGGAGGCCGUUAG